AAUGGCAGCGAUGCCAUCUCAAUGUUGUCAUCCUCUGCUGGGCAUCAACGUUCUCUCUGAAUUAUUUGUGCGUCAGUCACUUCACUGGUGACUAAUGUCCUUACAUCAGGGUGAUUGUAACUGGAAUUUGCCAUUGCAUCAGCCCGUGGGGAUACCGCAGAACUGCAGCCUCGCCCCUUGCCAGAAACUUCAAAUUGUAAUCGUGUCUUUUUAUGUUUAAAACGAAGGUAGAUAUCUGACUCGGAAGGAAGGGGAAUCGAAUCAUAAUGUGGAGCGGCAGAGGACCCUGAGUUUAAGGAUUAUUGUCAACCCCGUGGUCUGAAUUGUGACCAAAAUUGAAGAGUUGAAAUAGAGACCAGCGCCAGCCUUUGCUGCAAAUACGUGAAGAGGAAGGGGAGGGGGGAAGGAAUUGCAAACUUGGGUUGUUGAUCUUGUCUUGCAGCACUUUGCCAGUAACCUGAGGCGGGCUGUUGCAAAUGUGCAAACGGUUUGAGCUCUUACUCCUUGGGUUGUGGCGACCAGGGGUGCGCUUGGCAAACUGGGGUUAAGAAAAAAAGCGAGUGCUUCGAAAGGGUUAAUGGGGAGAGAAACGGGCGCCGCUGCAGUGAGCCAGUCCGCCCGCCGCUGCGCGCUGUGAGCUGUCCAUGGUGCUGAAGGACAGCUCCUCUUCCAGGAAUCUCGCCACUUACUGGGGGUUAACUCACACGGACAAACGCUCACAUUGAUGCACAGCAAACUGCUCCAGACCAUCAAGAGGCGACAGGUUUCGGAUCUGGUGAGAAAUGGUCUCCCUGUAGGAGAGAUGGAAGCCAAAAAUCCCCUGAAAGCGCAGAGCAUCAGCCUCGGAGGCAUAUCGAAGAGGCAGCCCGGGACGGGGGCGAGGGCAGUCGGGCAGCCUUCAGCCAGUAGCCGGGACCAGGGGAGGGCAGCGGCGGACAUCAGGAACCCGCCGGCUCAGCGCAGGGACGGGGAAGCUGAAAGCACCAACAAGAUCCAGAAGGCGGUGAGCUUCAAGACCGAGGGCAACCAGUGUUACAGGGAAAAGAAAUUCCGGGAGGCGAUCGGGAAGUAUCACCGGGCUCUGCUGCAACUCAAAGGAAUCAAGAUCAGUGAGGCUGCGGCUGCAGAAAUGAAUGCAUUGAGCAAAACGCACAUCAGACUCACCGAGGAAGAGAAACGACUGAUCGAAAGCACCGAGAUCGAUUGUUACGAUAGUUUGGCAGCGUGUCUUCUCCAGUCUGAGCUGGUGAACUAUGAGCGCGUGAAGGAAUACUGCUUAAAAAUCCUCGGGAAGCACAAGGACAAUUUCAAAGCUAUGUACAGAGCAGGAAUUGCCUUCUAUCACCUCGGAGACUGCGAGAGCGCCCUGCAGUACCUGAAGGAAGCGAAAGAUCGGGAGCCCACAGACACCAAUGUCUUCAGAUACAUCCAACUGACGGAGAUCAAGAUGAAUCGAUCCAAUCAGAGGGAGCAAGAAGGCUCCAAGGAGAUGAUUGGUUAAUAAAAUGCACAAGAUCUAUGGACAUAGCCAUCUCCAAGGCUGAGUUGUAGCUAAUAUUAAUGAAACAAUCAGAGUUUGGCAAUUAUUUCGAGAACAAACAGGCCUUCCUGGGCUAGAGUUAUGGUCUGAGAGUCUAUGCAGGGGGUGCAGGGUUGGUUUGGCUGCACACAGUGUUAACUUUAUCAACAGAGCAUGCUUGAUGUGUCCCCGCGAUCCUGGUCAGAGGCUUGCACCUUCAAAUGAUGCUGUUGCCUGCCGUUGUCAAUCCUCUCCAAAAUGACGCUGCGGCACAGUAGAUUGUGGGUUCAAGCCCCAUUCGAGGGACCUCAGCCCAAAGUCUAGGCCCACACUCCUGGCGCAGCACCGAUGAUGUGCAGCAGGGUCAGAGGUGCCAUGUUGCGACGGCAAUUGGAGAGCUAAACUCUGCCCCUGUCAGGUGACCAUAAAAGAUCUCAUUGCCCUGGUUUUGAAAAAGAGUGCUCCUUGGUGUCCUGGUCAAUAUUUAUCCCUCACCCAACUUUGUGAUAAACAGGAUGUCUGAUCAUUACCUUGUUGCUGAUUGUGUGCAUUGCUUCCUGUGGUUCCUACAUUUUGACCAUGACUGCAUUUUUUAAAAGGAGUUUCUCAUUGGCUGUAAUGUGCUUUGGAACAUCUUGAGUUCACAGCAGGUGCUAUAGAAAUGCCAAUCUUCCUCUCUUUCUGUAGGAACAUAAGAACCAGGAGCAGGAGGAGGCCAUUCA